CCUUAAAUAUUAAGGGUUGCAAGGGACUGACGAAGCUACCGGCAGGAGUAGGCAAAAUGGAAAAUUUAAGGGAGCUUGACUUAACUCUUACUCAUAUAAAAGAGAUCCCUAUUUCGGAAGGUUGUUUGAUGAAUUUGGAGACUCUACAUGCUGAGAAUUGUCCUGGACUUGCUGAACUUCCAAACUCUAUUGGUACUUUGAAAGAGCUCAAAAGUCUUGUUGCCUCUUAUUGUGCAUCAUUAAUUUGCAUACCUAGCUCCAUAGGCCAUCUAGCUUCCCUAUCUCACCUUGACCUAAGGGAAUGCUAUAAACUUGUCCAUCUUCCAAACUCCAUAGGCUCCCUCGUGUCUCUACAGUUCUUGUCAUUAACGAGAUGUUAUGCGUUGAGAGAAAUCCCAUACUCAAUCGGAAAGUUGACAUCAUUGACGAAUCUCUAUUUAAAUUCUACAAUGAUUGAAGAAUUACCUGAAUCCAUUGGUUUUCUGAAGGACCUUGAGACUCUUGAUGCCGCUUAUUGUGAAUCUUUAGCCUGGAUACCCAGCUCCAUAGGCGGUCUAGCAUCUCUGUCUUCCCUUAACCUAGAGGGAUGUCAUAAACUUGAUCAACUUCCAGAAUCCAUAGGAAAGUUGACAUCAUUGACUGAGUUGGAUUUAAAUUCUACGGCGAUUGUGGAAUUACCCGAAAGCAUUGGGAAUAUGCAGAACUUGAAGACGUUGGACAUUAGCGGAACUCCUGUAAUAGAAUUGCUUGGUGACAGCGGAAUAAUGGCGGAACUCCAAGAGUUGGGAGCUGCAGGAUUGGAAAAUCUGAAAGGACUACCUAGUGCAACAGACGAACCGGUUUCGCUAAACAAGCUUGAUUUAGACAAAAAGCUAUCAGAGCUACGCUCCCGCCUAUUAGCUCUAGGUAUCACCUGCCUGAUCCCGCAAUUGCCUCAUCUUUCCCAACUAAUCUUUCUCAAGAAACUUACUCUUUCUUAUUGGCUUGAAUGUCUCUCAGAGCUUUCUAUAACACGAUGUGGAAAAGCUGUGAAACUUGACUUUGUGGUUUCCACAAAUUCAAGCUGUUAGUUUGGCAUUGUAUUAACUUUUCGUCUUGCG